AUGGCGGAGGAAAAUAUCUUCUACUUCGUCCCCAAUUUAAUCGGUUACGCCCGUAUCGUGUUGGCGCUGCUCUCCUUCCUGCUGAUGCCGUGCUGUCCGUGGCUCGCCGUCUUCUUCUACCUGCUCAGCGCUCUGCUGGACGCCUUCGACGGCCACGCCGCGCGGGCACUCAACCAGUCCACUAAGUUUGGAGCCAUGAUGGACAUGCUGACGGACCGCUGUGCCACCAUGUGUCUGUUGGUCAACCUGUCGCUGCUCUACCCGUCUUACACCUUCCUGUUCCAGCUCAGCAUGUGUGUGGACAUCGCCAGCCACUGGCUGCACCUGCACAGCUCAACCAUUAAAGGAUCGGCCAGUCACAAGACCAUCGACCUGUCUGGAAACCCUGUCCUCCGCAUCUACUACACAUCCAAGCCGGUGCUGUUUGUGAUGUGCGCCGGCAACGAGCUCUUCUUCUGUCUGCUCUACCUCAUCCACCACAUGGAGGAGCCUGCAGCCUGGCUCUACUGGCUGCAGGGACUCUGUGGGAUCAUCUGUCUGCUGAAGACCGGUAUCAGCCUCGUACACCUGGUCACCGCCUCCCAGAACAUGGCCGCCCUCGACGCCGCUGAGAGGAACAAGAACACAAAGACCCAGUGAGAGAGAGAGAGAGACAGAGAGACAGAGAGAGAGAGACAGAGAGAGCGAGACAGAGACAGAGAGAGAGAGAGAGAGAGAGACAGAGAGAGAGACAGAG